AUGUCGGACAAGAAGAACGAGGAUUUUGUGGUCAGUAUGCCAGACUCGGGCACCGUCGAAAAGGAGCCCUUUUUGGCCCGGUCACCACCUCCUAGGGCCCGUACUGGUGGUUUUGGCGACAGUUUUUCGCUGGCCAAGGUCGCCAACAACCCUCCGGUUUCGAUCCUGGCCUACUGCCUUUCCUCGAUCAGUAUGACUGUUGUCAACAAAUAUGUCGUGUCGGGUAGCGAAUGGAACCUGAACUUCUUCUACCUGGCCGUUCAGGCCAUUGUGUGCAUUAUCGCCAUUCUCUUCUGCAAGCAGAUUGGUAUCAUCACGAACUUGGCACCCUUUGAUAGCGUCAAGGCAAAGAAGUGGUUUCCCAUCUCGCUGCUUCUCGUCGGUAUGAUUUACACCAGUACCAAGGCCCUUCAAUUCCUCUCGGUUCCUGUCUACACCAUCUUCAAGAACUUGACCAUCAUCGCCAUUGCCUAUGGUGAGGUCCUUUGGUUUGGAGGCAGCGUCAGUCCCUUGGCUUUGGUCUCGUUUGGCUUGAUGGUUCUCAGUUCCGUCGUUGCCGCUUGGGCCGACAUCCAGAGCGCCAUUCACGGUGGCGCGCACCCCUCCGAGGCUUCUACAGCCAUCUCAACCCUCAACGCCGGCUACGCUUGGAUGGGCAUGAACGUCUUUUGCAGCGCCGCCUACGUUCUGGGCAUGCGCAAGGUCAUUCACAAGAUGAACUUCAAGGACUGGGACUCGAUGUUCUACAACAACCUGCUUACCAUCCCGGUGCUCAUCGUCUGCUCUCUCGUCGCUGAGGAUUGGUCAUCUGCCAACUUGGCUAGGAACUUCCCUGUCGAGUCCCGCAACUCGCUCUUGAUUGGCAUGAUAUACUCUGGUCUGGGUGCCAUUUUCAUCUCGUACUGUUCGGCCUGGUGCAUCCGCGUGACGACCUCCACGACAUAUUCUAUGGUCGGCGCUCUCAACAAGCUUCCGAUUGCUAUUAGCGGUCUUGUUUUCUUCUCGGCCCCUGUCACCUUUGGUUCCGUCUCGGCCAUUGCCAUUGGUUUUAUCAGCGGUAUCGUCUACGCAUGGGCCAAGGCCAGGCAAUCGUCUCAGGCCAAGAGCGCGUUGCCAACACAGCAGCCCGUCAUGAGCGCGAGUUCCCAGAGCAACAAGGACGCUUCGAACUCGUGA